CAUAAGACGGCCCGUCUUCCGCUCAACUAUGAUACAACUUCUCAGGAACAACUCUACACAAAUGCGUUACACACUCAUCCUCUCCGCUCUCUUCGCGACCCUGGCAAUUGCUGGACCUAUGCAACUCUUCCCCCGCGACGUUUGUUGCUGUUAUUCUGGCGACAGCCAUGACGAAAAAGAUUGUGUAUGGCAUCAUCUUCAGUAUGUGCAUGCGAGUGAUUAUGGUGACGCAGAUUGUGAAAACAUCGAUUGUGCUUAUAUCGAUGAGCAGGACGCUGGCUUGACUGAAGGCGAGACCGAUAGUCCCUAAGGGAAAAUGGGGUUUGAAGCAGAGUGAGAUUGGGAUUUGGUGGUGACGGUGGAAAGAGGUAUACAGCAGAUAUACUUUUCGUAAUCGGUUGCGUACAUUUUCACAUCUCGGACAUGCUGCCGAAGAUCCAGUCACCAAGUCGAUUCGCGACAGGUUUUAGACAGAUGGCCCAGGUUUCCUGUUAUGAGGAUUGGGUUCCGAGCUCGAGAGAGAUAGCUGACUAGCCAGAGGUUAACAGAUGUUGAUAGAUGCAUGGAUAGCUAUGUAUAACACGUUCAUGUGAGAUGUCAGACAAGC